AUGGCUCCCAAAUACCCAUCUUCGCUCCCACCCCUAAUGAAGAAACUAAGACCUUCUCCUGCCCCCAAGCCAGAGAAGAAGCCAACUGCUCUGGGUUUGCCAAAGGAAGAAAAAGAACAGCAAGAAGCAAUUGAACAUAUUGAUGAAGUAGAAAAUGAAAUAGACAGACUUAAUGAACAAGGCAGUGAGGAGAUUUUGAAAGUAGAACAGAAAUAUAAUAAACUCUGCCAACCAUUUUUUCAGAAGAGGUCAGAAUUGAUCGCCAAAAUCCCAAAUUUUGGAGUAACAACAUUUGUCAGCCAUCCACAAGUGUCUGCACUGCCUGGGGAAGAGGAUGAAAAGGAGCCAAAUUAUUUGACAAGAGUCGAAGUGACAGAGUUUGAAGAUAUUAAAUCAGGUUACAGAAUAGAUUUUUAUUUUGAUGAAAAUUCUUACUUCGAAAAUAAAGUUCUUUCCAACGAAUUUCAUCUGAACAAGAGUGGUGAUCCAUCUUCGAAGUCCACUGAGAUCAAAUGGAAAUCUGGAAAGGAUUUGAUGAAAUGUUCAAGUCAAACGCAGAACAAAGCCAGCAGGAAGAGGCAGCAGGAGGAACCAGAGAGCUCUUUUACCUGGUUUACUUACCAUUCUGAUGCGGGUGCAGAUGAGUUAGAAGAAGUCAUCAAAGAUGAUAUUUGGCCAAAUCCAUUACAGUACUACUUGGUUCCUGAUAUGGAUGACAAAGAAGGGGAAGGAGAAGAAGAUGAUGAUGAUGAUGAAGGGGAAGAAGAGUUGGAAGAUAUUGAUGAAGAAGGGGAUGAGGAUGAAGGUGAAGAAGAUGAAGAUGAUGAUGAGGGGGAGGAAGGAGAGGAAGAUGAAGGAGAAGAUGACUAGUGGAACACUUACGGAUUUCAACCUUUUUUUAA